GUGGGCGUACUUUAUUUAGUGACGUAGUCACGGGAUCUAGCAGUCAAGUUGGUCACAUGUUCCCGGUCUGUUGUUCACCGAUCUUUGAGCCUUUGUAACAGCAGUCAUGUGAUGAGACGUUCAUGUACAUCACCAUCAAUACCGGUAGGAUUUCUACAUUUUCCCAGGUGCACAUUUUUAAAACUACGCGGCACGGGAGCCUGAAGUAUAAUCUAUAGACUAGUAGUUUUACGCAAGCACGUCAAAUUGGAUCGGAACGGAGAAACGGAAGCCAAUAUGGAGAAACAUUCUGAUAAGACGCCUUUGAAUCCCGCCCCCCUAUACUACACCCCAUCACCAAUCAACGAUGACGAUUCUAUGGAGCCGCCAAUCAACUCUCAAUCCGUGGACGUGAAGGAUUUCUACACUUUUCACUUCAGGGGUGGCCGCUCCUAUACGAUCAAGUCACAGAAGCUGAACAUCAUCCUGACAGUCCUAACCAUCAUUAGCAACCUGAUGAUGUUCGUCUCCCUCCCGCUGCUCAACAACACCGUCAACAAGUACAACGACUACUAUCCGGUUAUUCUCUACACGUCCUUCUGGUUCCAGCCUUUCUUCUUCGGCCUGGUCUUCAUAAACAAGUUCCUCAACCCGAUGGCCGAGACCAAGUCCUCCGUGUCUCACAAAUUGAUGGCCCUGUUGGGUCUGCUGAACGCCACGAACGGGAUACUGGUCGUGUACGCCGCGGAUCCCAAACGGACGUCGGGCUCGUUGCAGGCGCUGCUCGCUACCUCUAGCAUCGUAUUCACGGUGAUAUUCCGGUACAUCAUUUUACGAAAAGGAGUGGGCCGGGCCCGCCUGGUGUGCACGGGCAUCGUGCUGAUCGGGCUCUUCAUCUCCUUGGAGCCCGAGAUCUUCAACGUUGGCGGGACGCCUCCACCCGUGCCGGGGGCCGUGACUGGCGUCAUGAAGGUGGUCUGGCCCAUCAUCUUCCUGCUCGGGUUCUUGCCUCUCGGCAUCCUCAACGUGCUGAUUGAGAGGGAGCUGAAGAAGGACCAGACGGAAUCUCUGGUCUUUCUAGCCUGGGUUCAGCUGUACAACGCCGUGUGUGUGGCGUUGUUUUUUUGGACCGAUUUUUUACCUGAAUUUGGUGCGGCUACAGGCAUCUCCGAGUUCGGAAGGAACAUGCUGUACGCCCUCAAGUGCAUGUACUUUGCUGAUCCCGCGUGCAUGACCGCUGCGGCCGCCUACUUCGUCUUCAUUCUAGCCUACUGCAUGGCCAACCUCAUGGUCUUCCUGAUAGUCAAGUACGCCGAGGGUGCCAUUUGGUUGGUCCUGGUCCAAGCCCUGGUCACCCCGCUUGGAAGUCUCUUCUUCACCCUCUUCAGCGUGGAGCCGCCGCCAGGCCAGGAGCACGGCAAGUUCCACUGGGCGCCGGACUUCGACCUUGCCGUGGCCUUCCGGUUCGUCGGUCUGCUCAUCCUCGUGCCUACCGUCAUCUUCUACAACUACUUCGGGGAGAUGGAGAGGAAGAAGGCACAGCAGAAGAUAAUGACCGAGGAAGGAACUUAGCAAAGCACAUUUUGGUUUCGAACCUGCCGAGAUUCCUGACAAAACUAUAAAAUAUAUAAUAAUGUUAUAGUAAUUUUUUUACUAAUUAAAAAAAUAUGCAAGUCUUGUUGGGUUUUGGAACAUGGUGGAAUUGGGAUUGCUGAGAAAGGAAGCAAACAAUACCUGGAAAUACAUGUACUGUAUAAAAACAAGUGGUGAAGGAAGGGACAAUAAUUUCUGAUGAAAUUGAGUUCAUUAAUUUUUUGUGUGUCAAAUGAUGAGAGAUGAAGCUUACGGACUGGGGGCGUUUAUGUUUCAGUCUUUCCAUUUGCCCAAGCCGAGCCAGACCCGCACGUCUCUCUUUAGGAUGCUAUCUAUCAAAUAUACUUAGUGGCACGGUCAGUCAGUCAGUCAUUCAGUCAGAGACUCGGCCAGGGAACAACACGCAGGAACUUCGGGUCCAGCGAAUAUUAAAAAAGAAAAUUGCCGGGGUGACGAGUUUCCCUCGCCAGGGAACUAAUUGCCCGAUUUGUGAUUGUUAUUAAUGACAUGAUUCAAAAAUAUUAAUACAUUUAAAAAAAGAAAUUCCCAAAAUGGCAUUUACAGAGGUACAACGCAUAUCGAUUUAUAACAUGUAUAUGUACAGAAAAAUGAUACAUAUAUGACCAGAUGUGAUGGUAAGCCUUCCAGAGAGCUAUAAAUAAUGUAUUUUUGUUAUGGAGUGUUAAGAGAUAAACACAUUUCACUACCAUUAUAUUUUAUUUCAAUUUUACCAUAGUAAUCGGUUUUUUUUCCUUCUCAAAACUUUGUUUACAAAAAUGUCCGAGUUAAUUACACGUAGAUAGAUUGUCAAACAUGUACGCACGAAAUUAUCUUUCCCUAUAAACGCGUUUCUAAAAACAUUUGCCUACCAGCAACUUCCACUGAAAUAAUGCAUACAAAUCUGAAAGUUUCUGUUGUGUUUUUGGCGAGUGCAAAACUGUUCUGUUGCUUGUAUUUCUAUGUAAAUUUGUCAAUGUACAAAAAAUGACCAAUUGGUGAUUUCAGCAAAAUAUGGAAUUAUUUUUCUAGACAAUUAUUAUCAUCAAAUUAAUAUUUUUCUAAAUUGGCAUGUUGUAGUUAGCUCUCUGAUUAAACAGACUGCUGUGGUCUUGAAUACUUGUUUGUUGGAAACUUGUUUAUUUAUGAAUGACAGAUUGGACACCAACAAAUCUUAACAAGGCAAACAUUCCCGAACUUGUUUCCUUUUCAGAUACUUUUAAUGUCAUCAAACAAAUUAAUUGCUACUGGUAUAAACAUGCAAAGCUAAACGAUGGACAAAGACAGGUUGACUUACAAAUCUGCAUAUAAUCAACCUUGAAAUAUUGAAAAUUCGAGAUGGAUGAAAUUCCAACACCUCAUUCUUACAUUUUGGUAGUCUUGGCCCAAGCCGUUAGUGAUCGAUAGCGAUGGUUGCAUUGUUGUACAGCGCCCUUGCACAUUUUUUUUU